AUGGCUGCAGAGAUGAUUGCGCUCUUCCCCUCAGGUCACACGCGCUUAUCGACUUAUAGCGCUCCCAAACCCCUCGUAAUCGCCAAUCUUGAGGAAGAGCAAUACAAUCGGGUUGAUCAAAGACGCCCUUCUCUCUCUCGGAGAAUAACACAGGCCUGCAUUGCGGAGAUUAUGCACCAAAAGCGCGAGUGGAGCUACUGGGUGAUUAACAAGCUCAGAGAAGAUUCUGAAUUCCGGGACCAAACAGCACCGCGAUUGAAGCUAACAGAGCCGCUAGGAGGGGAAGAAAUUUCCGUUCAGUCAGAACAGGCAAUUAUCAUUAGCCUUGAUUUUUACUAUUUCAUUCUUGCCCACAAUCUCCAUGCGCAGACUGAAGACCAAGCGGAGUGGAUGGUUCUUAAUCGACGCCUUAACACUGUACUCCGUAUUUCGAUACAUCCAAUAUCGGAGAGAUGCGGAACGUAUCCUCCAGAGGGCAAAGUGAAAAUGGCCCCGCGAGCUCACGGCUGGGGUUGGGAGGCCAAAUAUAAUCAGCUGGAUGGGUUUGACCCGUUGGCUCAAACGGAAACUGAUCAGCUCCCAGGGUUCAUCGAGAUCCUCGCAUAUCCCUGCUGUUCUCCGCACAACCACACGCAAAACGCUUUCUCCAGGAGCGAUCGACGGGAGCGCUGCCGCCAAGCGAGCGCAAGCCGGCUUAUCCGACAUCAGGAUUGCCAACCUCGUUCUUGGGAAUCCCUGGCCCUCCAUGACCAUCAUAUCACGCUGAGUUCAACUCCAGCUCGGAUAUUUGUCAGUUUUUUCAUCCCUACCGGUGGACCCGCAGACGCUUCGGUGCGCGAAAUUACAAAUUUGCAUCUACGGCUCUACCAGUCGCAUCCCGAGCGAAAUGGAGGAAGGGACGGCGUUUGUCUCCGCAAAAGGAGAAUAAAAUCCCGAGGCGUGAGAAGCCCGCUCGCUCAGGAAUUUUCUGCGUUUCGCCACGAGCAGAACCUCGCCACAAAACCAUUGUUGCUCUGCACAAAGAAGCUUGUAUUGGUACAAGCAACGGAGCCGAGGAUCUCCUUGAUCCAGGGUUACUCAGGUUCAGCCACUGACGUUCAGUCUAACGAGUUACUUAGCGUUGAAAAUGACUUUGCGGAUUUUACCUGGAACAUCCGCUUGAGCUGUGUCCCCUAUCCCACAAUUUGA